AUGACGCUCUUCGACAGCUUUUCCGGGAUGCUGCUUUUCAAUCUUGUCGUUUCUGGAGCGAAGAUCGCCGGAGUCUUCAUCCUACGGGUGUUCAUCUGGGCGAAUGAUUUGCACUUUGUGGACCCGGUGACCUGCGCCACCUUCGCGGCGAGCUACGGCCUGGAGGAAAGCGAUUGGUUUUCUGAUGGCCUCAGCCCCCAUUCUGAAAGCGCUUCGGCACCCCGCAGCCUCGCAAGCCGAAAUCUUUCCCCAGAGGAAAGAGCUUGGUUGUCCAAGCCUAGGGGCACGGCACUUCACAAAGCCGUAGCCCGCGGCCUCGCAGAGCAUGCGGCAGCCCUCCUCAGCGCCGGCGCAGACAAGGAGGCACUGGACAGCCGUGGCAAGACACCCCUUCAUCUGGCUGCCGCGCAUGGACGCACAGAUGUGGCGAAGGUUCUCGUGGACAUGGGAGCCAAGAAGGACGAGAAGGACAACGAGGGCAAGACACCCCUUCAUCUGGCUGCCGCGCAUGGACGCACAGAUGUGGCGAAGGUUCUCGUGGACAUGGGAGCCAAGAAGGACGAGAAGGACAACGAGGGCAAGACGCCCCUUCAUGGGGCUGCCAAUCGUGGACACGCAGAUGUGGCGAAGCUUCUCGUGGACAUGGGAGCCGAUAAGGCGAUUUUGGGCGAAGCGCUUAUACACCCCUCAAGCCUUGCAACCUUGAGGAUCCUCUCGUGGUGGACGCCCCUUCAUGCGGCUGCCGCGGUUGGACGCACAGAUGUAGCGAAGCUCCUCAUGGACAUGGGGUGGACGCCCCUUCAUGUGGCUGCCAGUAAUGGACACGCAGAUGUGGCGAAGCUCCUCAUGGACAUGGGAGCCAAGAAGGCUUUGUGGGGAGGGCGGUUUUUGCACGGGGCCAGGACGCGAAGGACAACGAGGGGUGGACGCCCCUUCAUGUGGCUGCCAGUAAUGGACACGCAGAUGUGGCGAAGCUCCUCAUGGACAUGGGAGCCAAGAAGGACGCGAAGGACAACGAGGGCAAGACACCCCUUCAUGGGGCUGCCCAUCGUGGACACGCAGAUGUGGCGAAGGUUCUCGUGGACAUGGGAGCCGAUAAGGACGCGAAGGACAACCAUGGGUGGACGCCCCUUCAUCUGGUUACCGAAGAAGGACAUGCAGAUGUGGCGAAGGUUCUCGUGGACAUGGGAGCCGAUAAGGACGCGAAGGACAACCAUGGCCGGGAGCUCGGGAUUCGUUGAGCAUCAGUGCGGGGAGUUUGCCAGUUCCGGGGAGUUGCUAGAGUACCGAGCUUGCGGGGCAUGCGAGACGCCCCUUCAUUGGGCUGCCAGAACUUGCGAGACGGAUAUGCUGAAGCUCCUGGUGAACAUGGGAGCCAAGAAGGACGCGAAGGACAACGAGGGCAGAACGGCCCGUGAUCUGGCUGAAGAAAAUGGAGACAGAGAUGUAGCGGAGCUUCUAUAG